AUGGUUUGGCUGGCGCGCCGAUGGAAGACCAUUGAGCGCUGGCGGAGACGAGGCUGGCACGAAAACGUUGCCUGCAGCCGUCUCUGGUGCGGUAGCAAUAUUGGCAUCAGCACGAGUUCUGGGAGCCUCAUGAAAGUUGCGAUCGUUGGCGCCAACUCCAAAACGGGUAGAAGCCUGACGCUUUGCCUGAAGCAGUCGGGCUUGAUCGAUGAGCUAGCGGUGUACGACGCGAGGCCGAUCCGGGGCUUGCUCCACGAGUUGAGCCAUACGGGGCGUUGCAGGAACGCGCGACACGACAAUGCAGGAAACAACAGACAAUACCUCGAGCGAGCCCUCCGCGACGCCAAGGUGCUUUUACUUGCGAGCAGCCGUCCUAGGCUCAACGACGAGGUUGCCGAUCUGCGCCAGCUCGUACCCAAUAUCGCCAAGUACUGUCCCAAGGCAUUGGUGGCAGUGGUGUCCCCCUCGGUGAACUGCUUGGUGCCGAUGCUCGUCGAACUUUACAAAAAUACGGGAGGCUUGCUUGACGAGAGACGGCUCUUUGGGGUCCUUAGCCUGUACUCGGUUCGAGCCAACAGUCUCGCCGCCGAAACCCUCGGCGUCGCCCCGGAGUUCGUCUCGGUGCCCGUGAUCGGUGGUGCCUGCUCCAAGAGCUGCGUGCCCCUUUUUUCUCGGACUCGGCCGUGCGCUGACUUUACACCCGAGGAGCUGAGCAAGCUGAUGCACGCGAUGAGAAACUCGGACAAUCUGGUCAAGAGUAGUGCAGCUUACGAGGAGAACGGCGACGGCUCGACCGACUCCUCAGCUUGGUGCCUUGGCUUCGCAGCCGCCAGAUUUUCCAUCUCGCUGUGCAAAGCGUUGCGGGACGAGCAGGGGAUCGAGGAGUGUGCCUACGUCCGCUCGUGCCUGCUGCCGGAAAUCAAGUACUGCGGGGAGCGGCUGGUUCUCGGGCCCUCCGGAAUCCAGAAGCGCUUGGGCGUGCCACGGCUCACCAGUCAGGAGUGCACCGCGCUCUACGAGGCCAUUCCUGAAAUUCAAAAAAAUAUCGCGCUCGGCGAGGUAAGAUGA